GUCGACAUGUCUGCGUCGGAAUAUGUCUUUUCUCGGGAUUAUCUCGAUAAUAAUCGUAUAAAUCUUCAGCAUUACCUCUGGGCUGAGCUGUUUGGUUAUCUCCUCCAUCCAGAUAUCCCGUUGACGAAGCCGGAUCUGAAGAUUGCUGAUGUAGCUACCGGAACCGGAAUUCUUCUCACGGAUCUCAGUCGUCGUCUUCCUCCGACUGUACAACUGGAUGCAUUCGAUAUCUCAUUCGACGCCAUGCCUCCGCGGGAACUCCUUCCGCCAAAUAUCACUAUGCAUAAAUGGGACGUUAAAACAGACAUCCCUAAGGAAUUCGAGGGUAUCUACGAUGUAGUGAAUGUUCGACAGCUUGUUUUCGUUCUGCUGGAUCAUGAGGUUGAACCUGCGUUAAGGAAUAUGUUUAAAAUGCUGAGACCGGGAGGCUACCUCCAAUGGGCAGACGUCGACGUUCACUCGAUGCAAGUAAAAAAUUCCAACAAAGGCAGCAGCACCACUGCGCUUGAGAAAAUUGUGAAGAUGACCCAGUCUGCGGACCCUAGACUUGUCGCGCAUUGGAUCCCGGAGCUCCCGACGUUAUUUGAGAAGAGCGGUUUCAUGGAUAUCAAGGCUGAUAAGAGGAAUGCACCGGGAUACAUGGGGUAUACUCUCCAUGAGUGUGUCUUGAUGGUGCAUGGGAUGCUUUUGCAGAAUACGAAGAGUGAUGAAAUUGCAAGGAGAUUGAGGGAGCCGUUUUCUGAGGCCUUGAAGGAAACGUAUGAUGGGGCUUAUACUGAUUGGACUCGGUGGACGGUGGUUGGAAGGAAGGGGGGAAAUGGAUUUGUCGGGUUCAGUAUGGUACCAAUAUGA